AUGAGGGGCCUCCUGGAGUUGUCCCUCUUGAUCACUUGCCUCUUCUCCAUCCCAGACAACUGUUCGGAGAAGGGGGCAGAAGAGCAGCAGGUGCAAGAAGUUCUGCCUCUGAUGAGCCCUUUUCCCAACACCUGCGGUGGAAUAACCUGUGGAACAGGCUAUGCGUGCAGCAUUAAGCACAACCAGCCACAGUGCAUCCCAGAGCCUCAGAGCUGCAGCGCCUUCCAAUGCCCAGAGGGGACUCUGUGCGAGAUGGUCGAGAGCCUGCCCACAUGCAUGCCAUACACACCGUCUUGUCAUCAUGUCCAGUGUAAAGAAGGGACAGUAUGUGACCUAGCAGAGGGCUUCCCUAAAUGUGUGCCAAUUCCUCGGUCAUGUGCUGACAUUCAUUGCAAAGAAGGUACCACCUGUGCGGUCACUAACAAUUGGCCGCAAUGUAUCCCAGCACCUGCGUCCUGCCAAAACUUCAGAUGCGAUCCAGGAAUGGUGUGCAAACUCGUAAAUGGACAGCCCCAGUGUAUGCCCAGCAAGCCUUCCUGUCACCAAGUCCAGUGCAAAGAUGAGACCAUAUGCGAAAUUGUUCACGGCCAGCCUAAAUGUGUCCCAGCACCAGCAUCGUGUGGGGUCAUACUGUGCAACAAAGGAGCCAUGUGUGAGAUGGUCAAUGGCCGGCCAAAGUGCGUCCCUCUGCCACCAUCUUGCCUGCAGGUUGAAUGCAGGCAAGGGAUGGUGUGUGAUAUUGUCGAAGGCUGGCCAAAAUGUAUCCCAGGACCAACAUGUGAGAAUUUAAAUUGUGAAGCCGGCACCGAAUGCAAGACUGUGAAUGGCUUGCCCAUAUGUGCACCCACCCCACCUUCCUGUAACAACAUUCACUGCAAACCAGGGACUCUCUGUGAGAUCGUCAAUGGCAAGCCCGUGUGCAUACCCAUUCCGCCCUCCUGCAACACCGUCCAUUGCCAAGAAGGAAUGAUCUGCGAGAGCAUCGACAAUGUGCCCAGGUGUGUCCCUUCCAUAACGUCCUGUGACAAAAUCCAGUGCACAGUGGGUACGGUCUGUGAGAUGGUGAAUGAUUGGCCCAUGUGUGUGCCCAUUCCACGCUCCUGCGAGACAAUUGUUUGCAAAAGGGGCACGGUAUGUGACAUUGUCAAUGGCUGGCCAACAUGCGUUCCUGACCUGCCAACGUCUUGUGCAUCUGUUGUUUGCAGAGAAGAUGCCGUGUGUGAAAUGGUCAAUGGGCUACCCACUUGCAUCCCCAUGCCACUUUCCUGUGAAAGAUACACCUGCAGGCCGGAAACCAUUUGUGAAGUCAUGAAUGGAUGGCCUACUUGUGUGCCCAGGCCAUCUUCCUGCCAGCAAAUAGAGUGCACACAAGGGACAGUUUGCAAAAUCAUUGACAGUUGGCCCAAAUGUGUUCCCAUUGCUACCACCUGUGCAAAGAUGCAGUGUAAAGAAGGAACCAUCUGUGAAGCAGCUAAUGGUCAGCCAAAGUGUGUUCCAGUUCCCCGCUCCUGUCAAGAUAUCUAUUGCAGGCUGGGGACGAUUUGCCAAAUUGUUGAAGGCUGGCCCAGAUGCACGCCAAUCGCACCCUCCUGUGACAAAAUCCACUGCAGAGAGAAGAGCACUUGCAAAAUGAUUGACGGGUGGCCUCAGUGUGUGCCCAUUCCACCCUCUUGUGACAAACUAGGUUGCAAAGAUGGAACCACUUGUGAAAUAAUUGAUGACUGGCCCAUGUGUGUUCCCAUCCCAGCUUCCUGCGACAAAAUCCAGUGCAGAGAAGGGACUCUUUGUGAAAUGGUUGAUGGGUGGCCCACCUGUCAUCUUAUCCCAAUCUCCUGUGAAAAAGUCAGCUGCAACGUGGGGACAGUAUGUGAGAUAUAUAAUGGACAACCAAGAUGUAUCCCCAUCUCACCUUCCUGUGACAAUUUCCCAUGCCGUGCUGGGACAGUUUGUCAGAUCAGCAAUGGCUGGCCCCAGUGUGUUUCCAUUCCUGUCCCAGUCCAGCCCUCUUGUGAAAGCUUCAACUGCAGUGUUGGGACCGUGUGUGAGAUAUAUGGUGGACAGCCAACAUGCAUUCCCAUCUCGCCUUCUUGUGACAGAUUCCAGUGCAGUGCUGGGACAGUUUGCCAGAUCAGCAAUGGCUGGCCCCAGUGUGUUUCCAUUCCUGUCCCAGUCCAGCCCUCUUGUGAAAGCUUCAACUGCAGUGUUGGGACCGUGUGUGAGAUAUACGGUGGACAGCCAACAUGCAUUCCCAUCUCGCCUUUUUGUGACAGAUUCCAGUGCAGUGCUGGGACAGUUUGCCAGAUCACUAAUGGUUGGCCCCAGUGUGUUCCCAUCCCAUCUUGUGGAAAUGUCACCUGCAAUGUAGGAACCAUAUGUCAAAUGGUUUCUGGCUGGCCCCAGUGUGUUCCGACCCCAUCCUCCUGUGACCAGUUCAGCUGCAGAGUGGGCACUGUCUGUGAAACUGUGAAUGGCUGGCCCCAGUGCAUUCCUGUAACAAGCUUCUGUGGGAUUACCCAUUGUCGAAGCGGAUAUGAAUGCCAGAUUAUAGAUGGCAGACCCAGAUGUGUAGCCACAGCACAAUUAUGUCGCAGGAUUCAGUGCAGAGAGGGGACUGUCUGCAAGGUUGUAAGUGGUUCUGCCAGGUGUGCCCCCAUCUUGCCCACCCAACCAGUCUGCUGGGCUUCUGGUCAUCCCCACUACCAUACCUUUGAUGGACACAGCUAUGACUUCCAGGGCACCUGUACUUACACAGUGAUCAAGACUUGCAAGCCCAGUUCCACGCUACCAUUCUUCCACAUCUUUACCAAGAGCCAGAAGAGGCUCCCCUUCUCUUUUGUCAACCAGGUCACCAUCACUGUCUACAGCUACAACAUCACAAUGGUCAAGUAUGAAUACGGCCUUGUCAGAAUCAAUCAAGUACGUUCCCGCCUACCUGUAAGUCUGAGCGAAGGGAAGCUCUCCCUUUUCCAUCGUGGAGGCCAAUUGGUCAUUGAAACACAGUUCGGCCUCAAGGUUUACUAUGACUGGAAUUAUUACCUAGUGGUGAAGGUCACUCCAGCCUUCCAGAACCAAAUCUGUGGCCUAUGUGGCAACUACAAUGGGGACCCCAAUGAUGACUUUCUCACAUCCUCAGGAGGUUUGGCCACCACUGCUGUGGGAUUUGGCAAGAGCUGGAAGGUGGAAGAUGGAGGUACUGCCUGUAGUCAUGGCUGCCAUGGCAAAUGCUGGCGCUGUGCUCCAGAGCUGGUGGCCAGAUACUCUGCAGAGACCUUUUGUGGCCUGAUUACAAAGCACAGGGGUGGCCCCUUCUGGCUCUGCCGUUCUGUGAUUGAUCCGAAACCGUAUCUGAAUGACUGUGUGACUGAUUUAUGUACCUUUGAGGGCUACAAGCAGAUCUUGUGCCGAGCAUUGAAGACCUAUGCUGAUGCCUGCCAAAGAGAAGGCGUGGUGAUAUCUGCCUGGAGGAAACAGGCCGGCUGCCCCUUGACUUGCCCAGACUACAGCCAGUAUGUGGCCUGUGGCUCAGCCUGUCCCGCCACCUGCACCAACCCUGAUGCGCCAAAGAAGUGCCACCUGCCCUGCAUGGAGACCUGCCAGUGCAAGCCAGGCUAUGUGCUGGAUGCCGGCAGGUGCAUCCCCAAGAGCCGAUGUGGCUGCAACUUCCACGGUCAGCUCUAUGCACCCAAUGAGCGGUUCUGGGGCGACAACCAAUGUCAUCAGCAAUGCUUGUGCAGGGCACAAGACAGGAAAGUGGUCUGCCACAGCGCCCGUUGCAGUGAGGUGGAGGGGUGCCAUGUGGUCAAUGGCAUGAGGAAGUGCUAUCCCACUGUCUAUGGGACUUGCACUGCCCUGGGCCAGUUACAUUACAUCACCUUUGAUGGGCUGCGCUUUGACUUCUAUGGAACCUGUGUUUAUCGCCUGGCUGAACUCUGCCACAGGUCAGCAAACCUAACUCAGUUCCACGUCCUUGUUCAGCAAGAGAGGCAGGGACUCAAGGUCCCUUCUGCUGCCAAAGCCACUGAGAUCAAGGUCUAUGGGAUGACUGUCACAAUCAGCCGUAGCCAAGUCUUGCUGAAUGGCCUACUGAUCAACUUGCCCUACAACAUUGAAUACGACAAGGUCUCCCUCUACCGCCAGGGCUGGGAUAUUGUCCUCACUACUGAUUUUGGUUUAACAGUCACCUUUGAUGGGAAGAACAAUAUUCGUCUCACGGUGCCAGGCACCUACAGGGGUUACCUGUGUGGCUUGUGUGGUAACUACAACGGGUGGGCAGAUGAUGACAUGCUGCAACAAAAUGGGAUGCCAGCCACUAAUCCAGGAGAGUUUGGCAGAAGCUGGAAGGUGCGAGAUAUUCCAGGUUGUGUUGAGAAGGAGAAGAAGGCCUGCCAUGACCUCGUGACUGUGGAGCGUGUACAGAGCACCAGCAAGGAAUGUGGCAUCCUCCUGGACAAGCAUGGCCCCUUUAAGAUGUGUCACAGAAUGGUGCCACCUCAGUCAUACUUCAAAGACUGUGUCUUUGACUAUUGCUCCAACAGAGGCAACAAGAAUGUCAUCUGUCACAUUCUGUCAUCCUAUGUUGCAGCCUGCCAAACAGCUGGGAUACACAUCUAUGAAUGGAGAUCCACGAAUUUGUGCAUGCCUGACUGCCCAGCAAACAGCCACUAUAAAGUCUGUGCCAGUGAUUGCCCCAUGACGUGCCGCAGCCUCUUUAACCCAGUGCUCUGCACAGCAAAGUGCCGUGAGGGUUGUGAAUGCAAUGAGGGUUUCGUUUUGAGUGGAGACCAGUGUGUCCCCAUCUCCCAGUGUGGCUGUGUCCAUCAAGGCUUCUACUACAAGGCUGGUGAAUCUUUCUAUCUCAAUGGAUUUUGCAAGGAGAGAUGUGUCUGCCAAGUUGGUGGUAUCAUGGAGUGCCACCGUUCCUCCUGUGGCCCUCAUGAGGAGUGUCGUCUGAUCGAUGGUGUCCAGACAUGCCAUGGGGUUGCCUCCAGGAGGAGCGGGACAUGCCACGUGUCUGGCGACCCCCACUACCUCACCUUUGAUGGUUCCAAAUUUGACAUCCAGAGCAAUUGCACCUACAUCCUCGCUAGAAGCUGCACACUCAAGAGCUCUGUUCCUUCCUUCUCGGUCCAUGUGGAGAAUGAGAGGCGGUCCAGGGGCAAGGUCUCUGUAACGAAGGUUGUGUCUGUCAUCGCUUUCCAAAACACCAUCUCCAUCUUGCGGGAAAAGAGAGGCUUCAUCUUGGUAAAUGGUGCAACCACCUACUUACCUUUCCGCCUGGAGAAUGAUGGGAUGUGGGUCUACUACCAUGGUGACAACAUCGUGCUCCGGACAGACUUUGGCUUAUUCAUCUCCUUUGAUCAGCUCUACCAUCUAAUUGUCAAAGUGCCUGACACGUACCAGGGCCAGAUGUGUGGCUUGUGUGGCAAUUACAAUGGCAGGCCCCAUGAUGACUUCUUCCUUCCCACUGGCCACCCUGCCAUGAGCAUCCGAUCCUUUGUGACUGCUUGGAAAGUGGAUGGCCCCACUGCCGCCUGUGCUGAGGACUGUGCUGCUUCCGUGUGUGGGGCUUGCCAGCAGAGCCGGAAGGCCAGCUACGUGCAGAACAGCCAGUGUGGCAUCCUGCAGGCACCAUAUGGCCCAUUCAGUGCGUGUUAUUCCACCAUCAACCCCACAGACUUCUAUAACAACUGCGUGCACGAUCUCUGCAAGGCGAGAGGGAACCCUGUUAUUCUGUGCAGAGCUAUUCGCAGCUACGCCAUUGCUUGCCAAGCUGCUGGGGUCAAGAUCCAGCCCUGGAGGACAGCAACAUUCUGCCCUAUGAAAUGCCCAGCCAACAGUCACUACGAACUCUGCACCAGGGCUUGUCCAAGCAGAUGCAAAGAGGCGACCACCAUCACCAAGUGCCCCAACAAUUGUGCCGAAGGAUGCCAGUGCCGGAAGGGCUACUUCAUGGCUGGGUACCACUGUGCACCCAUCAGCCAAUGCCGAUGCUUCCACAAGGGCAUGUGGUUUAAGGUUGGAACGAAGGUGAUCACAGCCAACUGCAGAGAGCAAUGUGUCUGCCAACGCCUGGGCCGGGUGGUGUGCACGCCACUCCCAUGUGCAGCUGCAGAAUCCUGUGUCUUGAGUAAUGGCAAGUGGAGUUGUGCUCGGCAAGAGGGUCACUGCACCAUUACCCAAGGGCAUAUCUUUACCACCUAUGAUGGGGUCUCUGGAAAGGUUCCAUCUGAUGGCUCCUAUGAGAUCACAGCACUAGUCAACGCCAAGUCUAAAUCUUGGUUCCGAGUGGUGGUGCAGUUGAAGAAGUGUCCCCAGUGUCCUACACCCCUUGUGGUUGCUGUCACUGUCUACUUCCACAAGCUUAUUGUGCUACUGAAACAGGACAGCUCAGUCUCGGUGAAUGGGCAUCCGGUGACUCUCCCAGCCCAACCUUCAAGGGAGGUAUCAGUGAGCCAGGCCCAAGACAUGAUUAUAGUGACCCAAGGAACAGACUUGAAGGUUCUCUACAGCACCAGAGGAGACUUGACAGUGGCUCUCAGCGGGACACUGGCCAACAAAGUAUUCAGAUCUUGUGGGAACUUCAACGGCAAUGGUGCAGAUGACCUGCGGUUGCCCAAUGGCAGGAUAGCUCACACCAUUACAGAGGUCAUCAGCCACUGGAGCGUCACAACAGCGAUGCAAAAUGCUCGUUUUAAAAUCCACUCCUACUGA